AUGCAGGAGGUGGAAACGGCUGUCAACGUUAUUUUAGGCGCACAUCAAACGACAAAAGCAGAACUGGACAAAUGUCAAAAGUUCAAGGUGACUUCGAUGUAUGUCCACAAAAACUACAACCAGUCAACGUUGAAGGAUGACAUCGCUUUGCUUAGAUUGGAAACGAACGACCGAAUGCUUGGUGACAGGUUACGGCCAGCAAGAGUUUACGGACUACAACGCACCAACGCCGUUCCUGAAGCAAGUUCAUCUACCUAUCGUUGACACGAAAAAGGAUUGCGAAGCGUCAUACGUAAAAAACUUGGGGCCGAAAGCCAGCGAUCUGUUAGAUCUUAAAUUUGAGUUGUGUGCUG